UAUUUCAGCUCGGGAUACGAAAAUUUCUCGCAUUCAGAUAUGAGUGUUUCCAAAUCUUAAGUUACUUUAUUUUGGGCUCAGCUAAUUUUUAGUGCAAUAGAAAUAGAAAACUUGCUGAUGAAAUGAACAAGCAGACCAAAGAAUGGUCUCGAGCUCGGCUUUGUAAGCCCAAGGACAAUCUCACGACCGAGGCGGGAAAACGGGAACGCUUUGUGCCAUCUUGCGAACUAGAGUGCACUCCGGUAUCGAUGGCGUGUCUCAUUGGCUGGGAAUACGCCCGCAUUUGGCUGCGCGAUCGCGACAAAUUUGUCCAGCAGCGUGAACGUGCUGUUAAAGCCAAAUUUAUCAAGAACGACUUUGAGUGGUGGCUGAGGCUGCGCAAGACAUCCAAAAAAUUCUGCAAAGUUGGGGCAUAAAUUCCAAACAAAUUAGAGUGAUGAAAUCUAGCAACUUCCACAAACAUAUAUUGAUAUUAAAUAAAAUAUAUU